AUGGCGAGAGCUGCGUUGGUCCUCCCUGCUGCUCUACUGCUGUGCCUUGCAUUGGCCGACCAUGACGAUGCUGCGAGGAAGACGGUUGGGGUCUACGAGCUCAAGAACAAGAAGGGGGAUUUCUCCAUCAAGGUCACCAACUGGGGAGCCACCCUCAUGUCUGUCAUGGUUCCUGACUCCAAAGGGAACUUGGCUGAUGUCGUCCUUGGGUAUGACACUAUCGCUGAGUAUGUGAACGGUUCUUCUUACUUCGGGGCGCUGGUCGGCCGCGUGGCCAACAGAGUCGCCAAGGGCCGCUUCGUGCUCGACGGCAAAGCCUACCGCCUGUACAUCAACGACGGCAAGAACGCACUCCACGGUGGCCACAGGGGCUUCAGCAAGGUCAUCUGGACGGUGCCUGACUGCGACUCCCCUUACAUCACCUUCUACUACCACAGCUUCGACGGAGAGCAAGGAUUCCCGGGCGACCUGGACGUGUACGUGACGUACCAGCUGUCCAGCCCCUACGACCUGGCCCUGCACAUGAACGCGACGGCGCUCAACAAGGCGACGCCGGUGAACCUGGUGAACCACGCGUACUGGAACCUGGGCGGCCACGGCAGCGGCGACGUCCUGGGCCACCUCAUCCAGGUGUUCGCGUCGCUGUACACGCCCGUGGACCAGUCGAUGAUCCCGACGGGGCAGAUCGCGGGCGUCGCCGGGACGCCCUACGACCUGCGCUGGCUCACCCCCGUCGGCGCCCGCAUCAACCUCGUCUCCGGCGGCGGCGCGGUGGGCUACGACCUCAACUACGCGGUGGCGGUGCACGGGCAGGGGUUCACGCAGGUGGCGUUCGUCCGGGACCCGGCGUCCGGGCGGGCGUUCGAGCUGUGGACGAACCAGCCCGGGGUGCAGCUCUACACCAGCAACUGGCUCAAGGACGAGAAGGGCAAGGGCGGCAAGGUGUACCAGAAGUACGGCGCGCUGUGCCUGGAGACGCAGGCGUUCCCCGACGCCGUAAACCACCCCAGCUUCCCGUCGGAGAUCGUCAGGACCGGCGGGGUGUACCGGCACGACAUGCUCUUCAAGUUCUCCUCCUAA